AGAGAAGAUCUCGAUCUAGAUCAGCGUGGAGAAACACAUUCCUUAGGCUCCUUCUGGAUUUCUACUUUGUGUUCCACUUACAUGAAUAGGGAGCCACAAGUGCCAAGUUAUUAGACCCAUCAACUUCUAAGUCAUUAUAGAGAGGAUCCUAAAGUUCAUCAUGACUCACACCAACCUUACCAUCUUCCACCCUGCAGUUUUUGUCCUACUCGGCAUCCCUGGGCUGGAGGCGUAUCACAACUGGCUGUCCAUACCCCUCUGCCUCAUGUAUAUCACGGCAGUCCUGGGGAACAGCGUUCUGAUAAUGGUCAUCAUCAAGAGCGUUAACCUUCAUGAGCCCAUGUACUUUUUCCUUUCCAUGCUGGCCAUCACGGACAUCCUGCUGUCCACCACUACUGUACCCAAGGCCCUAGCCAUCUUUUGGUUCCAUUCCCAUGACAUUGCCUUUGAUGCCUGUGUCACCCAAGUUUUCUUUGUCCAUGUGAUGUUUGUGGGGGAGUCAGCUAUCCUAUUAGCUAUGGCCUUUGACCGCUUUGUGGCCAUCUGUGCUCCUCUGCAUUAUUCAACAGUGCUAACAUGGCCUGUUGUGGGAAGAAUUGCUCUGGCCAUUGUCACCCGAAGCUUCUGCAUCAUCUUCCCAGUGAUUUUCUUGCUGAAGCGGCUGCCCUUCUGCCGGACCAACAUCAUCCCCCAUUCCUACUGUGAGCAUAUUGGAGUGGCCCGCUUAGCCUGUGCUGACAUCACGGUUAAUAUCUGGUAUGGCUUCUCAGUGCCCAUUGUCAUGGUCAUCUUGGAUGUAAUCCUCAUCACUGUGUCUUACUCACUGAUCCUCCGAGCAGUGUUUCGUUUACCUUCCCAGGAUGCCCGGCACAAGGCUCUCAGCACUUGUGGCUCCCAUCUCUGUGUCAUCCUCAUGUUUUAUGUUCCAUCCUUCUUUACCUUAUUGACCCACCGCUUUGGACAUAACAUUCCUCGACAUGUCCAUAUCCUGCUGGCCAAUCUUUAUAUAGUGGUGCCACCAAUGCUCAACCCCAUUGUCUAUGGUGUGAAGACGAAGCAGAUACGGGAGGGUGUAGCAAACCGGUUCUUUGACAUGAAGGCUUGGUGCUGUGCUUCCCCUCUGGGCUGAUGGCUCCUCAUAAAUCCCCACUCCCAACUUUGCCAAGGAAACUAGGUAUGAAAUAUAGAGAUUUCCUGAGAGGGCUUUUCCUUCUCUUCCUCAGUCCCUUCUUCUUCUUCAUCUUAUCCUCUUCUAUCUCUUUUUCUUUUCUUUUCUGCCUCUUCCUCUUUGCCUCCUUCCUCUGUUUCUUUGUUUCCUUUAUCCUCUUCUUUUCUCAUAUUCCUCCCCCACAACCCACAAAUAACAACUAAGUGUUCAUGCUUCUAAUUAUGAACAUUUGGUAUCCUCAGUAGACCACAUGUACUCCAGAAACACAGGGAGCUGAACAGCACAUUAAGUAAGUUAUGCACAAAUGGAUAAAAAUAAUUUUAUAUUUAAUGCCUGAAAGGGUUCCAGUUUUUAUCCCCAAAUGUGCAUUUAUUAUUUGUACAGGUUCAAGUAGCUCUCCAUCCACCUCUAUAAUGGCAGGUGUUUUUGAAAAAUAGCCAUGCAUGCAUGCCAUUUAGCCAUCUGGAAAAGCCCUGUUCUUUCUUCAAAUUUCAAGUAUUGUCUUCCCUGAGAAGUGUUUCCUAAAUUUUUCUAGGCAACCCAAGACUCUUAUCUUUGUAUGUCUAUUGUAUCUUGUACAAGUCUCCAAAUAUAUAUAAUGAAUUAUAAUGGGUUAUUUAUUUAUUUAUACCCUCAAUUGACUAUAUAAACUCUUUGAAACCAGAAUAGUGUGUGUCAUUAAUAUUUGUACUCUUAGUACAUUACAAAAUACUUAGUACAUAAUAAACAUUUGAGAAAUGAAU